CGUUUCCACCAGUCACUCUACCACUCUGCUCCCUCACUCUCUCUCUCCUCUCUUCCUCUCUCUCUCUCUAAACGUAGACUAUAAAUUUCAGCAAAUAAACAAACGCCGUCACAUAAGACUCCGGCAGUUUGUCAAGGUCCCCCUCACCUUCAGCUCCCGAAAGCCGUCACCACUCCUAUACUCGCACAACGACAACACACCCACACGCAGAACCAGAUGCUCUCUUUCCCAUAAAAAGACACUGUAAGGCUUCAAAAUCCGUGCCGAUCGAUUGGCGCCGGGAAAAGCGAAGGCUCAGAUUACUGCUCCGACGGCCUAGGGUUCCGACGAGGAAGGUCGAAUCGUUGUUCGCUGAUUGAUUGCUCUCUCGCUCUCUCUGCUGAAAUGGCUUCGGAGGAUGUGAAACCGAGCGAAUCGGCGGUCUCGACGUUCGUCAACCUGGCUGAGGAGGCGAAGAUGGCGAGGGAGGGCGUGGUCAAGGCUCCGAACCUCGCGUUGCUCAGCGUCUGCAAGUCUCUCGUUGCUGGCGGAGUCGCCGGUGGAGUGUCACGCACGGCUGUUGCUCCAUUGGAACGACUGAAAAUUUUGCUUCAGGUCCAGAAUCCACAUAACAUAAAAUACAAUGGAACGAUACAGGGCUUGAAGUAUAUCUGGAGAAGUGAGGGUUUCCGUGGACUAUUUAAAGGGAAUGGUACAAAUUGUGCACGUAUUGUCCCCAACUCAGCUGUCAAGUUCUUCAGCUAUGAGCAAGCUUCCAAGGGAAUAUUGUGGCUGUAUCGGGAUCAAACUGGCAAUGAAGAUGCUCAGCUCACUCCUAUCCUGCGUCUUGGAGCUGGAGCAUGUGCUGGAAUUAUUGCUAUGUCUGCAACUUACCCAAUGGACAUGGUACGAGGAAGGAUAACUGUACAGACAGAGAAUUCUCCCUUUCAGUACAGGGGAAUGUUCCAUGCCCUAUCGACUGUGCUCCGGGAGGAGGGCCCACGGGCUUUGUACAAGGGUUGGCUUCCUUCUGUUAUUGGAGUUGUUCCAUAUGUUGGUCUCAACUUUGCUGUGUAUGAAUCCCUAAAGGAUUGGUUAAUCAAAAGUAGGCCAUUUGGACUUGUUCAAGAUACAGAUUUGAGCGUGACAACAAGGUUGGCAUGCGGGGCUGCUGCUGGGACUGUUGGGCAAACUGUUGCUUAUCCUCUUGAUGUCAUUCGUCGAAGGAUGCAGAUGGGGGGAUGGAGCCAUGCUGCUUCUGUUGUCAGUGGUGAUGGGAUAAGCAAGGCCCCACUUGAGUAUACUGGCAUGAUUGAUGCAUUUAGGAAAACUGUUCGUCAUGAGGGCUUUGGUGCAUUGUACAAGGGUCUGGUUCCCAACUCUGUUAAGGUAGUCCCAUCCAUUGCGCUUGCAUUUGUGACGUAUGAGAUGGUGAAGGACGUUUUAGGAGUUGAGAUCAGGAUAUCAGACUGAUAUUGCGGGAGGUCCAUGAUAUUUGUCUCUGCUCGUGCUAUUUUUGUAGGCCGGGAAAUAGAGGUCUGGCAAACUAGGGGUAAUUUGAUUCCUUUUUCAUUCUGAAGUUAGAAGCGAGUCUUGUGUUCAUAAAUUGCUUCCCCUUGUUUUUCAUUUUUUCUGUUUCCUUAUGAACACAAUUUAGCUUUGAGCUUCCCAUUCAUAUGAAGUGCCAAUAAGUGUUUUGACAAUGUAAUGCAUCUGCGUGCUUUCCAUAAGCGCUGAUAAAGCAUUAUCUACAUGCCGUUAUAUGUUA